UCUCUCUGUAUAGAUGCUGUGAGUCUUACUCCAGCACACGGUUUUUGUUUAUAUUUUUCCUACCCUGUCCCAGACGUUCCCUUUUGUUCUCCCCCUCCUCCCCACCCAACACACACACACACACACACAUCCUUUCCCUGUUGUGUAAUAUCUGUAAUAUAUCUCGCCUGCCCCUCGGCUUGGAUGGUGGUAUAUUUUGGAUUGGACUCUGUUGUGCAGAUUCCGAGUCAGCUGCAAAGGUUAACUCUGUUUCUCUGUCUCUCUACAGAUGAUGCUGAGCAUUUCCGCAGCUUCUGAGAUUUUGUGGGUUUUAUUGCUCGGUGCACUUGAUGUUUAACAGUCCCAAUCGCUGUAAAACCGCAGUGCUAAAUCAGCGCGGAAAAAAAAGGUGGUUUGCUGUUAUUGUUAAUAGCCUCUUGGCACGCACUGUAGCGUGCGAGCGUUCAGGCGUGCGAGUCGCCGUUCGCCAAUAAAACGGGAGGCUGUGUGCUCUGCCCGUCUGUCCCAGAGCAAUGGAGAGCAAAGACGGUGAGAGAGCGGGAGCUGACAAAAGCGGACCCACUGCCGAUUUCCAGGAGAGGGUGCAGGGGAUAAUGGAGAGAGCGAAGCAGCUGCAGCCGAAGGAGCUUUUGUUUCGUUACAACGGUAUCCUGUACCCCACGGUACUGAGCUCAGUGCAAACAUUGCAGGCUCUGGGCAACUUCCAGGCUCGUUCCGAAGACCUGGUGAUCUCUUCCUACCCCAAAUGCGGAUUUAAUUGGGUAAAUCUGUUACUUUGGGAUAUUGCCACUGUCAAUCAGAAUGAAUCCAAAGACGGGAAACCUGAAGACCUAAGUAAAAUCAAGUUAUUGGAAUUUGAAAAUGCUGGGAGCUAUGAGAUAAUGAAAAAUGAUCCAUCUCCUCGUGUCUAUGGCACACACAAUCAUUACAACAAUUUGCCACCAUCUAUAAAUGAGAAGAAAACAAAGAUACUGGUUGUAUUUCGCAAUCCCAAAGACAAUGCAGUGUCCUAUUAUCACUUCUGUCAGAAUAAUCCUUUACUGCCCGCCUCUGCAUCUUGGGAUGAGUUUUUCAGAAAGUACAUGGCUGGAGAAGUCGGUUGGGGCUCCUACUUCGAUCAUGCUCUUGUGUGGGAGAAACAUGUUGAUGACGAGAAUGUGAAGAUAAUCACAUACGAAGAGCUGAAAGAGGACUUGGCAAAGGGGGUGCAGUCAAUUGCAGAGUUCUUUGGCCUCUCUCUGAGUGAGGAGCAGAUUCAAAAGAUUGCCGGCAGAGGUACCUUCCAGGCCAUGAGCAAAAACGCUCAGAAAACUCACUCAAGUUUCGGCAAGAUUAUCUUCCGAAAGGGUGUGGUUGGAGACUGGAAAACCCUUUUCACUAAAGAGCAGAGUGAAGAGAUGGAUGCAAAGUUUGAAGCAUGUUUAGCAGGCACAAAAAUAGGAGCAAUGUUGAAGUAUGACCUCUACUGUAAGGAGUAAUUAACAACACUGUGAAUAUUAUGACAGACAAGGAAUACAUUCUGUUUAGAAAAGGCAAGUAUUUAGAACUGUGAAUUCAAAACACACUGGCAAACAUCCAAAAUCCUCCAUUUAAAAUCAGAAAAUGCAAAAAUAAGCAAGAAGAUCAUCAGACAAUGACAUCUGAAUGUUGCAAAUUCAGAGCUAAACCUCUUGUGGCUUUGUAAUUCCGUGACUGUAACAUUUAGCAUUUCAAGCUCUCAGCUUCUUUCACCCCAUGUGCCCUCCCUGUCUCCACAAAGGUGACCAGUACCAAUCUACAAAAAUCCUCCGCAGAAACCAAUCCAGCCCAAAAUCCCUUGCAAUUCAUCAAAGCUGAACACAGCCCGAAAUGUACUGUAAUAUCACAGCCUCACAAACUCUGCAAUGCUGGAGCUGCAAUGUGGCAUGCUCAGGACAAGGACGAUUAUAGGUCAUUGCAGUAAGAUUUUUUGUCAGUUGCAGACAGGCAAGCACAGCAGUUGUCACUACCUCAGACACAGGGUGGAGGUCACAAUGAUUGCUACCUUCACCAUGGUUUUAUUGUUGGAACAGUAGGGCUAAAGAAGCAGAUGAAAUUCUCCUUUAGAUCAAAAAAGUCACAUUUUAAAUUUUUUUUAAAUAACAGAAGAUGCUACAUCGUGAGCACCUUUUUUUAAAGUGGUUUUACUUAAAUAAUAUAGUAAAAACUGAAGACAUAUUUUACAGUUUUUUGAUUCAUUUGGGUAUAUAAUUUAUUUCCGUACUCCUGCUAUUAAGAGCCACUGAUAACAUUCCAAAAGUGCUGGACUUUGAAAGUUAGAAUUAAGUACUAUUUCUCUAAACUAUAGAGAAGGGAAAUCUUAACCUUUUUUGAGAAAUUUUGUCUCCAGGUUUUUGCUGUUAAUUUGUAUCAUUCUGAAUUCUUCAGUCGUUGUUCGGAAUGUUUUUUAAAACAAUGAAAAUUCUGGCAUCAAAAAAUAAAUGAGUUACUUGGGAUUUUGGUGUGUUUAUUGAUCUGUUUAUUUUUUGCGUACUGUUGUGAUCUUGUUUUGUGAAUUUCCGUGAGAUGUUCCAAUGUGAUAAAUUGUUAUUUGAA